AUGUCUUCCAGGGCAUUUCCUAUUGCUAACCUACUUAAACUCCCUUUAUGGUUUUCUUCAGGGAGUUUCACGAGGAAUGCAGGCCAGCUGUCCCCAACAAAUACCACUGAGACAAUCCCAAGCCCCCAGUCGCCACACUUCACGCCCAGUCAAGGCAAAGGGGAGCACAUCAAGAUUGAGUCGAAAAGGAUCACUCAUAUCUCGGCUGAACAAAAAAGACGAUUUAACAUCAAGAUUGGCUUUGACACUCUGCACAGUCUGGUCACUACAUUGAGCUCACAGCCUAGCACGAAGAUCAGUAAAGCUACGACCCUGCAGAAAACGGCAGAGUACAUUGCGAAGAUGCAGCAGGAGCGCUCUCAGAUGCAGGAGGAGGCGCAACGGCUGAGAGAGGAGAUCCAGGAGCUCAACUCUGACAUCAAUGUUUGUCAGCAGCAGCUCCCAGAGACUGGUGUUCCCAUCACACGGCAACGCUUCGACCACAUGAGGGGCAUGUUUGACGAGUACGUCAGGGAGCAGACACUACACAACUGGAAAUUCUGGAUUUUUAGCAUCCUGGUUCGGCCCCUCUUUGAAUCCUUCAAUGGGAUGGUAUCCACAGCUAGUGUGGAUGACCUGUGCAGGACAACACUGACCUGGCUGGACCAGUACUGCUCCCUGCCUGUCCUGCGGCCAACUGUGCUCAGUUCUCUCCGCCACCUCAGCACUUCCACCUCGAUCCUGAAUGACCCCUCCCUUGUGCCAGAACAGGCCUCCCAGGCUGUGAGCAGGACCAGCCCUAGCAACAACUACUCCUAGCAACAGGAACCCCUAGCAACAUUGUGGAUCUUAUACUAAGAGUGAAACUUGCAAUGCAGCACUUCAGCUGCCAAACUUCUCACUGCAGCAGUAUAAAGCAGAAGGGUAAUGCUAAUGCAUGAUGAGUCAUGCACCAGCUGAUUCCCAGAUUGCUCAAUACAGUAGCUGCGUGGCCAUAGCUCCCUGGGUACCGUCCAUGACCUGUUUUCAUCAAGGUCCAGUGUUUUGAAACUGAAAAGCAGUAAGUUGGUGUUUAUUAGUGAAUUUGUAUUUCAGCUCUCUUGUUGGGAAAACAGAGUCUCCCUACUUUAAUGACUGAUUUAUGUGCAGUUGCAUAUUCACUUUGUGGGGUAGUAACACACCCUGCCUACCACUGUUCAGCCCCAGGUCUCCCUCAAGCAGAGGCUGACAAUAGUGCUGAAUUGAGUGACGUUUCC